AUGCCACCAAAAAGAAAGAGUUCAGAUAAGGCAGCAGAGGUCAAAUCCAAAAAGUUAAAAGAGGAAGGCACAUCAUCAGGUGAAGAAGAAACAAGUGUUUCUACCAAUGCUGAAGAUUCUGAAAAGAAAUGGAAUUUGAAGAUUGGUUCUUGGAAUGUGAAUGGAAUCCGGGCAUGGCUAACUAAAAAUGGAUUUGAUUAUAUGAAGAAAGAAAAUCUUGACAUUUUCUGCCUGCAAGAAACCAAAUGCUCAGAUGGUAAGAUUCCAGACGAAUGCAAAAUUGAUGGCUACUUUGACUAUUGGAACAGUGCAGAAACAGAGGGUUACUCCGGUUGUGCCCUCUAUUCAAAAACAAAACCAUUGUCUACACAUUUUCUCUCUCUCUCUCUCUCUCUCUCUCACCCUCUCCAAAACACUGUUUCUCUGUGUGUGCAAGACAUCUUUUCUUUCUCUCUCUCUCUAUGCAAGACACAUUCUCUCUCUCUCUCUCUCUCUCUAUGCAAGACACAUUCUCUCUCUCUAUGCAAGACACAUUCUCUCUCUCUAUGCAAGACACAUUCUCUCUCUCUCUCUCUCUCUCUAUGCAAGACACAUUCUCUCUCUCUCUUUUCCAAAACACCCUUUCUCUCUCUCUCUCUCUCCAAAACACCCUCUCUCUCUCUCUCUCCAAAACACCCUCUCUCUCUCUCUUUCCAAAACACUCUCUCUCUAUCUUCAAAACCUUUUUCCUCUCUCUCUCUUCAAAAUUUCUCUCUCUCUCUCUCUGUGCAAGACACCUUUUCUCUCUCUUUGAAAAACAACUUUUCUGUCUCUCUCUCUAUGCAAGACACCCUUUUUCUUUCCCUCCAAAACCUCUUUUCUCUGUAUCUCUAUCUCUCUCUCUCUCCCUCUCCAAAACACUUUUUUAAUUCUCUCUACAAAACACCUUCUCUCUCUCUCUGUGCAAGACACCAUCUCUCUCUCUCUCUGUGCAAGACACCAUCUCUCUCUCUCUCUGUGCAAAACACCUUUUUUUUCUCUCUACUUUUUUUCUUUCUCUCUCUCUCAAAACACCUUUUUCUCUCUUUCUCUUUCUCUCUCCAAAACACCUUUUUUUCUCUCUCUCUCUCUUUCUCUCUCCAAAACACCUUUUUUUCUCUCUCUCUCUCUUUCUCUCUCCAAAACACCUUUUUUUCUCUCUCUCUCUCUCUCCAAAACACCUUUUUUUUUUCUCUCUCUCUCCAAAACACCUUUUUUUUUUUUUUUCUCUCUCUCCAAAACACCUUUUUUUUUUUUCUCUCUCUCCAAAACACCUUUUUUUCUCUCUCUCUCUCAAAACACCUUUUUUCUCUCUCUCCAAAACACCUUUUUUUUUCUCUCUCUCUCUCCAAAACACCUUUUUUCUCUCUCUCUCUCUCCAAAACACCUUUUUUUCUCUCUCUCUCUCCAAAACACCUUUUUUUUUCUCUCUCUCUCUCUCUCUCCAAAACACCUUUUUUCUCUCUCUCUCUCUCUCCAAAACACCUUUUUUUUUUCUCUCUCUCUCUCCAAAACACCUUUUUUUUUCUCUCUCUCUCUCUCCAAAACACCUUUUUUUCUCUCUCUCUUUCUCUCUCCAAAACACCUUUUUUUCUCUCUCUCUCUCUUUCUCUCUCCAAAACACCUUUUUUUCUCUCUCUCUCUCUCUCUUUCUCUCUCCAAAACACCUUUUUCUCUUUACCUCUUUCUUUCUUUCUUUCUAAAACAUUUUUCUCUCUCUCUAUCCAAAGCAUUUUUCUCUACAUUUCUCUAUGUCUCUCUCUCUCUGUCUCUCCCCAAAACUACUUUGUGGAACAAACUCCCAAAUGCAUAGAGAAACACGAUAAAGAAGGGAGGGUCAUAACUGCUGAAUAUGACUCAUUUCACCUUGUAACUGCUUAUAUUCCAAAUGCAGGCAAGAAAUUAGUUCGUCUUGACUACAGAAGCAAAGAAUGGGAUGUCGACUUCUUGGAGUAUUUGAAGAAAUUGGAUGCCAAAAAACCAGUUAUUCUCUGUGGAGAUUUGAAUGUGGCACACAAGGAAAUUGAUCUGAAGAAUCCAAAGACAAACAAGAAAAAUGCCGGAUUCACAAUUGAAGAAAGAGAAGGAUUCACUAAAAUCCUUGAUAGCGGAUUUGUGGAUUCGCUAUUGGCCAAAGAUGUUGGAUGGCGUCUGGAUUAUUUUGUCAUUUCUGAAAAACUGACCUCCAAACUUAGUUUUGCUGAUGAAUAUGUGAGGCACUCAAUGCUAUAUCGGGGCUUACAAAGCAGUUUGCCAGCCCGACAUCAAAAUCAGGGAAUUUAUACCAUAUAA